AUGUCAGGCUAUGAUCGUGCAAUAACUGUUUUCUCUCCUGAUGGCCAUUUAUUACAAGUGGAGUACGCAAUGGAAGCUGUCAGGAAAGGCUAUGGAGCUGUAGGAGUUCGUGGAGUUGAUUGUGUUGUAUUAGCUGUAGAAAGAAAAGCAGCAGCAAAAUUACAAGAUUCAAGAAGUGCUAAGAAACUUUUACUAGUUGAUGAAAAUACAUGUUUAGCAUUCGCAGGACUCCAUGCUGAUGCUAGAGUAUUAAUAAAUAAAGUACGUAUAGAAUGUCAAAGUUAUAGGUUGAAUGUGGAAGAUGCUCCACCAGUAGACUAUGUAGCAAGGUAUAUUGCUCAGCAACAACAGAAGUAUACGCAUAAAGGUGGAGUACGCCCAUUUGGCAUUUCUACUUUGAUUGCUGGUUGUCAUGUAAAUGGAAACCCAGGCUUAUACCAAACAGAUCCGUCUGGAAUUGCCCUCGAGUGGAAAGCUCAAGCAAUUGGGCAGAAUUCUAAAACUGUACAGGAGUUUUUUGAGAAGAAUUACACAGAAAAUCUAUCAAGAGAUGAUGCUACUAGUCUAGCUGUAAGGGGUUUACUAGAAGUUGUUGAAUCGGGUUCUAGAAACAUGGAGGUGGCUGUGAUAGAUCAGAAUGGUUGCCACUUUCUUACUGAAGAAAAAACUGAUGAAUUCGUUCGUUUAAUAGAAGCCCAAAAAGUUACAGAGGCUGAAAUGAAAUAG